AUGCUUGCCUCAAGAACAGCUUCCCGAGCAGCAGCUCGCGCCAUUCGCGCCCCCAUUCGAACUACUGCCCGACAAGCCCGUCAUGCAUCCACGAAUCAGCAAGCAGCAGCAGCAGGAGGCUCUUCAGGUCUCGUCGGAGGCCUCGCAGGUGGUGCUCUUGUUUUCGGUGCAGGCUACUCAUACUACCACUUCUCCGGCGCGAAAUCCAUCGUCAACGCAGCCUCGUCAACGAAAAAGCAAUUCAAGUCCCUAACCAACAAUCUUUCAGAAUCUGCCCCUGAACCCAAUGAAGCGCUCAAAUGGCUACGCUCCACCGCGACCUCGUACGCGGCGUUCAUUCCUGGCGGGAAAUCGUAUGUGGACACUGCGUUUAAGGAUCUGGAUGCUGUGCAGGAGAAGCAUGGCCCUGAAGUCGAGAAGAUUGUUUCUAAGGCUUAUGGAGAUCUGAAGCAGGUAAGCAAGAAUGGACUUAGCAUGGAGACUGUGACCAAGUCAUGGGAAGUUCUCGAGCAGGCCGUGAAGGAUCUCGGUGCGCUGUCUGGGGAUGCAGCGGAGCAAAUCUUGGACAAUCACCCAAAAUUAAAGGAAAAGGUAGGAGGGAAUGUCAAGCAGUUGAAGGAGAUGGCCGAUAGCUAUGGACCGGAGGCUAAGAAGGAAAUUGAGGAGAUGUGGGGCCAGAUUGGGGAUAUCAUGAAGGGUGGUGUAUCUGUUGGCAGCGUAGAGAAGAUUCGAAAUAUGGUGCAAGAGAAGGUCGAGAAAGUCAAGAAGUUGGGCGAUGAGGCAUGGAAGAAAGGCCUUGAGCAGGCGAAGCCGUACCUGGAAAAGAAUCCCGAAGUCAAAAAGCUAGUGGAGGAGAACGCCGAUGCAUUGAAGCAGGGUAAUGUCAGCCAAGUUUUCGAGAAGGUCAAGGACGCUGUUUCAUCGGGAAAUACGGACGAGCUGAAGAAGUACGUCCAGCAAGCUGGAGACAAGGCGAAGAAGAGCGGAUUUGGACAAUCCAUCGAACAGUACGCGAAGAUGAUUCCCGGUGGAGGAGAGAUCAUCCCCAAGCUCCAGAAGCUCCAGGAGGUCGCUCAAAAGCACGGUGAUGAGGCAGAGAAGAUUGUGAAGAGCGCAUACAAGGACAUCCAAGACGUCUUGCAGAAGAAGACGUCGGAAGUAGAGAAGUUGGCAGAUAAAGCAGGAAAGGAGGCAAAAAAGUGA